CUCAACGGUGCCAAAAAUUCUGUUUUAGGAAAUUAUUGAAAUUGCUAAAAAUCAAGUGUGUUUGAAUGGGAAAAAUGUGCCGAAAAGUAUCAUUAGUAGAUUUUUUUUUGUGCGGAUUAAUAGUUUUAAGUUUAGAGGAAACAGCGGGUUUCUCUAACGGUGCCGAUCCGAGGGGAAUUGAAAAAAUUAUAAGGAGCAUUCAACGAGAAACUUUAGAACUAGUAGAUAUUUGGUCAGUAGAAAUCGGAAAAAGGCUGACAGAUUUAAGCGAAACCAUAACAAGACAAGAACAGGUGAAACAUAGCUUUAAGAAUUUGGAAAAUCAUUUGGUUAAAAUUACGGGACACGAUUUGAUAGAGGAAGUUGCGGGUUCCAUAACAGAAUUGAUGGCAAAAAAGGCAGAAGGAGUACAGAGAAUAGCAGAAUAUGCAGAAUUUCUGUCCUACUACCGAAACAAUGACUCAAUGAGACCCAUAGAUAAAUAUUUUUUCUACGAUUCGGAUGAAAUUAAAUUCACCGAAGAAAACGAAACCAGGUCUAUCGAAAUUGAAGAUGAAAUCUUUACGAGAGAGUGUCACUGGAUGUGUUACCAAAUUCAUUUGAAGAAUCUCGAUCAAAACAUAUACGACAAUAAAACAAGGUACGAACUGUUUCGGUCUCGAUCGUUAUUUGAAAAUAAUGGAAGAGCGUGCAACUGCAGCAAUCCUCCAGUUAUGUUUCCAUUGGAGAACUGGGAAAUUUUGCCUAUGAAACACGAUCUGAGAUUUAAUGAGAAGAUCAAUUUGGACGUUAGCGCUGUUAAAGUGGCCGCAAACGUUUACGAAAGGGAUCCCGUUGUAAUGGAAGCAAUACACUGGUCAGAGCCCUUAGAUAUGAUCUUUAAACAGAAUUUUAUUGACGAUCCAGAAUUGACAUGGCAAUAUUUUGCCAGUCCGUUAGGAUUGAUGAGGCAUUAUCCUGCUGUGAAAUGGUCAGACGAACAAUACCUGCAAACGUAUGAUUUUAGAACGAGAUCCUGGUAUACGGAAGCGAUGACUUCCCCGAAAGAUAUUAUAAUUUUGCUCGAUAAAUCGGGAUCUAUGAAGGGCACGAAACGAGCUUUGUCUAUGCAGAUAGUAAAUAAUAUUCUGGAUACUCUAAACGAUAACGACUUCGUCAAUAUUUAUACUUUUACCAACUACACCAGACCGCUCGUCAAUUGUUUUAAUGAUACUCUGUUUCAAGCUAAUGAAGAGAAUCUGAGACUGUUAAGAGAAAAUCUGCCUGUGUACGAUCUCGAAUUUGUUGCGGAUUUGUCUGUGGGUCUUCAAAAAGGCUUCGAAAUAUUGAAAAAUUUCAGACUGAUGGGAACCAGUUCAAAAUGCAAUCAGGCGAUUAUGCUCAUUACAGAAGGGAUUGAUUACUACUAUGACAUCUCAAUUUUUAAUUAUUCGAACUGGGCUCAAGAUUUUCCAGUCCGCAUAUUUACCUAUCAAAUCGGAGCGGAGGAAACAGACGAAAAACACAUGGAGUUCAUCGCCUGUUCUAAUAUGGGGUAUUAUGUUAACAUUUCUGUCAUGUCAGAUAUUAGAGAAAAAAUUUUAAAUUAUUUGAACGUGAUGUCCAGACCUAUAAAUUUAAAUUAUCAAAAAAGGCAAGUUCCAAUUUGGAGCUAUCUCUACGUCGAUCUGGCCGAUAGGAGAUUGUCUAACUGGUUAUGGAGAAAAUACGAAGGAAUAAGACAGAGGGAAGUGUUUUUGGAUCACGUACAAAGGCGCGUCGAAAGACUUCAAUUACAGUUUUCUACGCUCAAUCACAUGCUUUUAACCGAAUCCCACGAAUUUGAAAAAUACGAAAAAAGGCAAGACUAUAAAUAUAUGACUACAGUUUCCUUACCAGUGUACGGCCGAAGAAAUAACGAGUUUGAUCUAAUUGGGGUCGCUGGUAUCGAUGUUCCAAUUAAACUUCUAAAAUCAAGGAUCGCUCAAGACAAAAUUGGAGUUAAUGGCUACGCGUUUAUAAUCACGAAUAAUGGGUAUAUCUUGAUGCAUCCGGAGCAUAGAACCGAGUUCGAAGGUAUCUUAAAACCUACAUUCAACAGAGCAGAUUUCCUGGAAACCGAAAUUUUGGAUGACGAACGGGAACCCAGACUGUUCGGUGAAGAAAUAGUCAAAUUACGGGAGCAAAUGCUGAAUCGACAAGGAAAAGAAGCGACGCUUAAAAUUAAAUACACCCUGGAUGACAUGAGGCGAAUUGUAAGAGCAACGACACACUACUAUUUUAGAGAAGUUGGCCCUUUUACAUUAUGUAUAGUGUUACCAAAUGGUUACGGAUUCGUCAAGGUUAACAGACAGCGUGCAAAUCCAAAAUUGCCCGAUCCCACUCCUGAAUUCAUCGUUGAUAAUAAAAAUUGGGUAGUACAUCCUGACUGGAUAUAUUGCAAAAACUGUCCGCACACAAUAACUGAUCCAAUCAGGAAAGUGGAAUAUGCGUACUUUAAUCCAUCACACAGAACGAGUUUGUACCAUGAUGUCAUGUACGACAUAGAUGUUACUCAGUGGUUUGACGAUCCCAUUCCAGAUGAGGACAAAUUUGUGGAUCCUUAUCUUGUCCACAAAGUAUUCAUAUCUACGGCAUCAGGAUUGACAAGGUUUAAAUUUUUCAACAGUGAUAUUUUUCAAAAUGUUUACGACGAGGCGGAACCUGCGUACGACAAAUCUGUGGACGAAGAUUGGUACCAGCGAUCCGUUGAAGAAAACACCAAAAACGGAAAUAUGUUUCUUUACUCGGUGCCCUUUGAGAUUUCAGGAUACGAAAAUAAUACUAUGAUAAGAGGCACCAAGGCAAUUUUUGUUGAAAAAGGCGGACUAAAAACCCCUGUUGCGGUUGUAGGACUACAGUUUAACCAUCAAGCGAUGUUCAAGCUGUAUGAAACAAUAACACGAAAGUCCAACAAAAGAAGAGGCGAGAGGAUAAUUACGUGCGUCUCUGAAUUCUUGGAAUGCUUCAUUCUUGAUAACAACGCCUACAUAGUACUCAGCGAUGAAAUAGAAUACACCGGUAGAUUUCUGGGCGACAUAAAGCCAGGAAUCAUGAACUAUCUUGUUCAAGAAAAGGUUUACGAAGCUACAAGAAUGUUCGAUUACCAGGCGAUCUGUCAACUUGAACCUCCGGAAGCCCCUGCCCCUGAUAAAUGUAAUAAACCGAAAAGUAAUUCAGUGAAAAUUACGUCGUUGUUUCAGCUGCUAAUUAACAACGUCGUACAUUUGUUAUCCUGGCUACUAUCGACCGUUCUAUUUCUGAUUAAAUCUGUCACCUGCGCCACCGACGAAGUGAUUAAAGCGGAAACGAAAGCAUUCGAAACACUUAUGAUUAAAAAGACUUUUCCGACACCAUGCGACAGACAGAUGUGGCUCUACACCCUGAAAGAUAACUUCAGACCUACGUUUUUCGAUAACGAUACGGCAAAAUUCAGUUGCAACUGGCCUUAUGUAGCAAGAAAAAUUCCCAACACGAAUUUGUUAUUUUUGGCGAUCAAUGGCAAAUGUGGAACUGAGAAUUCGUUUACUAACACCCCAGAACCAACGCCCAUCAUUUACAAUGUUUCCCUGCCUUGCUACAUAGCCACAAUGAACAAUUACACGCGGAAGCCCUACAUGAACUGCUACAAAAAACACGAAGGGGAAGCUAUGUUAAAUAAGAAAACCUACUAUUGCGGCCAUACGUGGAAUUAAUUCAGCAGAAACGCCAGCUUGAAUAAUUAGUAAAAAUAAGAAUGCAAUUUGCCGAAAUUUAAAUAAAUUUGUCUUCCUUAAUGUAUUUCCCUUUAUUCUGAGUCAGAUUUAACAUCACUAAAUUUUGCUUAAUGGAAUGCGAUGGUGUUUAAGUUUCCCGCCUCGCAACAUUUUAUCGCUCACACAGAGUAAAUAUUGCAGGUCUAGCGCGAUUUCGUCUCGCAAUUCAACAUCAAAAAUAAUUUUAAAGCAAA